UUCCAGGGAGCAUAAGCUUUGCUUUCCUCGACAACCAGACCCUAUAUUCUGUCUUUCUACAUGUCCUAAGUGUCUCCAGCUUGUUGCUGAACGCAAGAGAGCUGCGCGAAUUAGUAAGGACAAAACCACGUAUCAACCAAUAUGAGCAGCUAUCGAGAUGCCAGUGAAGACGGGGAAAAGGGUAUCUUCAAUCGCCGAAUGACAUUUUGCCCAUACCUCCGCAGCAACUUCGACACAGACGAGCUCAUUAGACACUGUCCUGACUGUUUAAGAUUUUUUGCGAUCUCUUGCAGUCAUUACCGCGAUGACCGUGAGGCUGGUACAGUAUGUCAUAAUCUCCGUCUCGUCUUCACGGAUGGUGCGUGCUUGGGCAACGGACGCGAGGAUGCCACUGCCGGGUUAGGCGUGGCCAUUGGCUUCGAGGGCGAGGACACGAGCCAGUGGGCAAUCCCGGUCGUAACCAGAUGGAUCAGGCGAGCGGAGCUCUUGGCUGCUUUGGAAGGCAUACGCAAAAUUAGCGAGGUAGAUGGUCCCUUUUUAGCAUGCUCAGGUAGCAAUAGCCCGCGAGGCGAGCAUUCAGAUGGCACGAGCCCUACAGGUUGGAUAGUUGUGACCGACUCGGAAUACGUUGUACGUGGUAUGACAGAGUGGUUCCCCGUCUGGAAGGUAUGUGCUCCUUCUAUCCUGUGGUAG